UAGUUUUCCAUUCCAUCCAUUCAUAGCGCAACCGCUCAUAACGUGCACUGACGCAUAGGCGAGAUAGGGAUCAGCGAGAGAGAGACAGAGAGAGGGUUGGAUUAGGGCACUGACAGCCACCUCAGUCAAACAGUUGAGAGACACACGGUCACAACCUGCUGAGGGGGCAAAACUAGCGGGACCGGAAAGUCUAAAUCCAAUCCAGAUCACUUCUUAGCGGGUUAGGGAGAGAAGACCACCGACCAUAUCGAGACCCUGCACUGAUUGAAAAGAGGGCAGAGUUGGAGAGUAAAACAAUCCGUUUAGAAAAAGAUGGAGCGCAAAAUCCCUGACUUCGCUGGUACCUGGAAGAUGAAGAACUCAGAGAACUUCGAGGAGCUUCUCAAAGCGCUGGGUGUGAACGUGAUGCUGCGUAAGAUAGCGGUGGCAGCAGCCUCCAAGCCGUCGGUGGAGAUCACCCAGGAGGGAGAGACUCUGUCCAUACGAACCUUCACCUCCGUCAGAACCACCCACGUCACCUUCACCGUGGGAGAGUCCUUCAACGAGGCCACGGUCGACGGACGCCCCUGCACGAGUCUUCCAAAGUGGGAGACAGACAGUAAGAUCAGCUGUGAGCAGACUCUGCAGAAAGGGGAGGGACCUAAGACCGCCUGGACCCGAGAGAUAACCAAUGACGGCGAGCUCAUCCUGACCAUGAGUGCGGACGAUGUGGUGUGCACCAGAGUCUACGUACGAGAGUGAAAGAGAAGACACCUCUUCAUCCUUCCAUCUCUCUCACCACUCACUCACUCCACAACCCCCCAGCCAGACUGGGCAGGGCGAAAUCAGCUUGUAGAAUCUAGUUUAACUCCAGUAUAUCUGUCACAAAUCCAUGGGAUUGAACCCAGUCUAGUUGACCUAUAUCUAUUAAAGUCAGUCUUGCCAAUGUUCUGUCCACUUACUCAGUGAGGUCGUAAACCUGAAAUUGUGUCUUUUUCUGAGUCUUUGUACGUGCAAGGUUGUUGAUCCAUGUGUGUGUGUGUGUGUGUGUGUGUGUGUGUGUGUGUGUGUGUGUGUGUGUGUGUGUGUGUGUGUGUGUGUGUGUGUGUGUGUGUGUGUGUGUGUGUGUGUGUGUGUGUGUGUGUGUGUGUGUGUGUGUGUGUGUGUGUGUGUGUGUGUGUGUGUGUGUGUGUGUGUGUGUGUGUGUACGUGCUAGUCAGGGGAGUAGGUCUAAGUGUGUGUAUCAGUGUCUGACUAUAUUUGUGUAAACCUAUGAGCUCUUCCAGUUAUAAGGUCAGUUACUUUGUGUCUGUUCUCUCUCUCCUUCUCUCUUCCCUCUUAUCUCUAAGUCGAUAAAGUUGUAUAUUUAUGACACUAGAUCUGAUACCGUGUUGCUAUGGUUUUUACUUUGUCUCUUUUAUAUAAAAUCUGAUCAUAGGAAAUGAUGCUUUCUAUGGGAAGACAAUAAAACACCAUGUUGACUCCA